CAGCAGGUGCUGCCGGCCCUGGGCGCGGGCCAGUCGCUAAUCCCCGCGCGUGCAGCGAGGAGUCGCCAUAGCCAAGCGGCGGGAGUCCCCGGCGGCGGCGCCUCGCGCAGGACCCACGCUCCGGCCCCUUGCCAUGGAGAGCAGCCCCCCUUCUCCCGCAGAAGAGCCCCGCUCCGCUGGGGGGCUCAGCGGGGCGCACAGCCCGGAGCCGCUCGGGCCAGAGGGCUCCCAAGAGCCGGCGGAGGGAGGGAGCGAGGAAGGGGCGGCGGCGGCGGCGGCGGCGGAGCAGCCCCCCGGCCCCCGGCCGGAGGAGGAUGCAGCAGAAAGAGCCGCUGAAGGGAAGGACCGGGAGGCGCCCGGGGAAGGGGGCGGCGAGGGGAGCCCGCCGGCGGGAGGAGCGGGGGAAGAGGCGGCAGGAGCAGGGAGCCCCGAGGGGCAGCGGCAGGAGCCUGCCCCCGCGCACCGCCCAGCUGGGGAGCGCGCGGAGGAAAGGGGCGAAGGAGACGCAGGGGGAAGCGCGGAGGGCGAAGGAGCUGCGGAGCCGCCCCCCGCGGAGGAGAGCCCCGGCGGAGAGAGCCCGGGGCCAAGCCCCGCGGAAGGGGGAGGCGCAGAACCGCCCCGGGCAGAAGAUCCUGCAGCGGCUGCCGAGGAGGAAGACGACCCUGGCGAGGGCGGGAGAGAGGAAGAACAGCCUGGGGACGGGGCAGGGGAGGAAGGAGCCGCCGAAGGAGAAGAGCGCGCAGCGGAGGAGAGGGAGGAAGAGGACGAGGAGGGCAAAGCAGAUGCAACGGCAGAAGCAAAGCCCGAGGGAGGGGAGGACGAAACUGGGGCAGGGCAAAGUCUGGGAAGCAUUGCCCCAGCGGGAGCAAAUCCCGCAGACACGACGACAAGCGAAGAAACCCCCGCGGCCGGAGGCGCCGCGGGCCACGCAACCGAGGAAAUACCAGCGGCCGCAGAACACGCGGGCCCCGAGGACGCUGCUCCCGGAGAAAGGCCGGAGGGCACCCCAGGUGGGGACGAACUGAGCAACCACCGCCCAGAGCCACGUGCAGCCGGAGCCCCCGAGGAGCCUGCGGGAGCGGAGAGAGGCGAGGAAGCCAUGAACCUGAACGGCAUGCAGGCCAGGGGAGAGGGGGAGGAAGAAGAAGAGGCGGCGGCGGCGAGCACACCUGGGGAACCCGGGGAAGAGGCGCAAGAGCAUGACAUUUCCCUCUUCGUCAAGGCUGGUAGUGAUGGGGAAAGCAUUGGAAAUUGCCCAUUUUCUCAGCGUCUCUUUAUGAUUCUGUGGCUAAAAGGUGUUAUAUUUAAUGUAACAACUGUAGACUUGAAAAGAAAACCUGCAGACUUACAGAAUCUAGCCCCAGGAACAAACCCUCCCUUUAUGACUUUUGAUGGUGAAGUGAAAACUGAUGUCAAUAAGAUUGAGGAGUUCUUAGAGGAAAAAUUAACACCACCAAGGUACCCCAAACUUGGGCCAAACCACCCCGAAUCUAAUUCUGCAGGAAAUGAUGUGUUUGCAAAAUUCUCUGCUUUCAUAAAGAACACAAGAAAAGAUGCUAAUGAAAAUUUGGAAACAUCCUUACUUAAGGCUCUAAGGAGGCUGGAUAACUAUUUAAAUACCCCCUUGCCUGAUGAAAUUGAUGCCUAUAGCACUGAAGACAUCACUGUUUCCAGCAGAAAAUUCCUGGAUGGAGAUGAGCUCACCUUAGCAGACUGCAACCUCUUACCCAAGCUCCACAUCAUUAAGGUUGUAGCAAAAAAAUAUAGGAAUUUUGAGUUUCCACCUGAAAUGACUGGGAUCUGGAGAUAUUUGAACAGUGCUUAUGCUAGAGAUGAAUUCACAAAUACUUGUCCUGCUGAUCGAGAAAUUGAGUUUGCAUAUUUGGAUGUUGCAAAAAGAAUGAAAUGAUGGAUUAAAAGAUAUCUCUAGUCUACAUUUCUUCGGAGAGCUGGAUGGGAACAAACCAAGAUAAAAACAGUACAUUAUGCAGCAUAAUUUUAAGUUCUGUGACUGGCCAAUUCUUCUUUCUUUUCUUGCAUUAUAUUAAGCUCACCCUUAAAUUAUAUGUACGUAUAUCUGCUUAUGUAUGUGUGUACCCACACACAUGUAUUACACAUUCUGUGUUAAAGGUUUCAAAUCAAAAUUCAAACAUUUGUUGAAAUUAUGGUAAUGGGCAAGGCACACAAUUAGGCUGGUUACUCUUGGUAAAAAUAUUGAAUUUUGAGACUAAAAUUCCCUGCUUCUUACACAUUUAGUGUGAUUAUUACUGCCCCUAAUUUCUCAGUUUAUUUCAGCACUACUGUCAAAACUGACAGUUGACUUAGAGAUCUGUCUGAGAGGCAGAGGAACAUUUUUCUCUCAAGAUAUAGCUAACCAAAAGUAUCUGUGACCUUCUGGGCUGCAUAAAUCUGGGAAGACCGCACAAUUGCUGUUGGCUGCAUAGCAGGCUGGUUUAUCCAGGAGAAAGAUCAGGUUUGAUGUGGAACCAACUCUCUCUUUCAAAAGCAACAACUCUGUAUUCCCCGGAGCUGUGGAUCAGCUCAACAAAAGCCCUGCUUCACACUGCACAAGUCCCUAUUCUGUAGAUGUCUAGCCCUCGUCUCUCUAAGAUCUGCACAACCCAUGGGACUUCCUCCAGCCCUAGUGGAGAGGAACAAAUAUUGCAGCUGACCUGUGGACUAUGCAAUAAAGUUACUUGGUAUAAGUGAAAAGAGAGGGGUCCCACCCCCUGCACUGGGAGAGGAAAUGGAAAACCUCUCUGCCCCGAUUACUAAAUUGAGGCCCCCUCUUCGACUCCUACUUGGUAUUGGAAAGCAAUGAAUAUGGGGGCAGGAGGGCUAUUUAGGAGGUAGCCCUUUCCUUGUUCCUGACUGAACUCCAGAAUGUGCUGUACAACCAGAACCAGUGAGAAUACCCCAUUCCCUUUUAACAGGUACCAUCGGAGGUCCAUGGAACAUGAACAGAGGCUGCUUUCUGCUGGUACAGCCCUCAGAAGCACAACCUCGUGCAAACCACAGCCCCUGCACUUGCCUGGGAGCAAGAGCUCCAGCCCAGCUACCAAAGCUGUGUUAUCCCUACAGUCACCAGGGAGUCCGUCUCUGAUGCUUUUGCACAAUAUAUUUUUGAUAGGGUUAUGUGCAUCUAAAGAUGCAGUAGAUCUAUGCACACUAGAUUGAUCUAUUUCAUAUCUAAGUGUCUAAUAUAAUAGCUAUGUAAGAAAACCCCCUCCAUUUUAGAAUAGACAACCUAUUCCGUAUCAAGCAGACAUCUACUUUUCUUACAAUUUGUACUUGAUUGUAUAUUUCAGGUAUACUUUGUCUGCACUAUUUAAUUAUAAAAAUAUUCAGUUCUGAUGCACAUCUUGUAUCACAGUUAUUUUUAAAAUGUUAAAUAUUGAAAUUUUAUUUUAUUUUCUUUAGAAAAAACAGACAUUUAACCUGUUGUGCAGUACAGAGCUUAAAUAUUGGGGUUGAUAGCUGAGCAAUCACUCACCAAAUGUUACUAACUGCUGCUUUAUAUUUUCCAACAUAUAUAUUUUUUUUUCUAUAUAAUCUUUUAACAUGCCUUACAAAUUUGAACAGAAAAUACACAAAUUGAUAAGUAAA